CUGUCGGCUCAACUUGGCUGCAGUCAUGGCUCGCCUCUCCUUCUCAGAAGUGGGCCUGCUGCUCCUGUUAGUGCUGGCUUUGGUGCUCAGUGCCGAGUCAGGACGGAGAAGGAAAAAGACCCUGAGGAGGAAGAAGAGGGAGUGGAUCAUUCCUCCUACCAAGCUCAUGGAAAACACUGACUACCGACACAAGAAAUUCAUUGCCAAGAUACGCUCUGAUAAAAACUUAGGUGAGUCGGUGGAUUAUUUUCUCACUGGACAAGGAGCUGACAAGGAACCCAUCAAUCUCUUUGUAGUGGACCGAAAUACUGGGUUUGUACGCAUCACUGAAUUACUGGACCGGGAGAAACACCAAUUCUACAAUGUAAGUCUUUCUUUAAAGUUCUACUACUAUGACUUCUACAAACUGGUCAUAGAGGGGACUGAUAUGGGAGGGGGAUCCAGCGGCCUAGUAGGGACAGGAACAGUGGAGGUCAAAGUCCUGGACAUCAAUGACAACAUCCCCACCCUGGAAAAAUCUGAGUACGAUGGGGAAGUGGAGGAAAAUGUUGCCGAUGUAGUUGUGAUGAGAAUCAAAGCUCUGGAUAAAGACCUUCAACACUCAGACAACUGGCUGACUGUCUUCGAAAUCGCCAAAGGAAAUGAGGAUAACAUAUUUUCAAUUGAGACGGACAAGGAAACCAAUGAGGGCGUCUUGAAGCUGAUUAAGGCUGUGGAUUUUGAAGAUGUCCAGAAUCUUAAGCUUGGCCUGAUCAUUACGAAUGUAGCUCCUUUUGUGAGGGGUGGUGCUAUAUUAAUGGAUGUGGAGGUCAAGAUUGGAGAGGGUAAUCCUAUGGCUGCUGGAGCGGGUGCUGGAGGUGGAGGUGGAGGUGGAGGUGGAGGUGGAGGCGGCGGCGGCGGAGGCGGCGGAGGCGGCGGCGGCGGCGGUGGAGGUGGAGGUGGAGGCGGAGGCGGAGGCGGAGGCGAAGGCGAAGGCGAAGGCGAAGGCGAAGGCGAAGGCGACGGCGAAGGCGACGGCGAAGGCGACGGCGAAGGCGACGGCGAAGGCGAAGGUGUAGGUGGAGGUGGAGGUGUUGGGGUUGGGGUUGGGGUUGGGGUUGGGGUUGGGGUUGGGGUUGGAGUGGGUGUCGGUAUUAAGCCAGGUGUCAAACCAGGAACAAAGCCUGAGCCAAAGAGCUAUCCCAUUAAGAUAGCAGUGAAAAACAUUCCAGAGGAUCCAGCAUUCAUUCCAACCACCAAGAAUGUUCCUGUAUCAGAAGAUCCAAAUGAAGCACCUGAAGAUGGAGUGAUCACAGUGUUUGCUGCUGUCGAUCCAGACACAGGGCUACCAGCUGAAGAUGUCAAUUAUGCCAAAGCCUUUGAUCCAGAAAACUGGUUUACCAUCGAUGAAAAAACAGCUGAGAUUAAACUCAACAAGGUACCAGACAGAGAGUCACCUUUUGUGGUGAAUGGUACCUACAUUGCCAAGAUCCUGGUGAUCACAGAUGACAGGCCAUCAAAGACCGCCACAGGAACAAUAGCCAUUCAAGUCCUUGACUCCAACGACCACUGUCCCACUCUGACCACCACCCACAGCACCCAGUGCACUGAUGAAACAACUGUCUAUGUUACUGCAUUUGAUGAGGAUGUUGAUCCCAACGGAGCUCCAUUCACAUUCAGAGUCAUACCUGAUGGGACACGAGGGAGCUGGGACGUAGAAGUCGUCAAUAAGACGAGUGCCGCGCUUCACUCUCAUGAUCCACUCUGGCCUGGCUUAUAUGAGGUUCAGGUGGAGGUGUUGGAUGCUCAAGGUCUUUCUUGCCCAUCCAAUGAAAUUUUUACCGUGGACGUUUGUACCUGUGUGGAGACAAAAGACUGCAAGAUAAAGGCAGCCAAAUUAGAAACUACUUCAACCGAGCUCUCUGCCCCAGCUAUCAGCCUCCUGCUAUCGGCAAUGUGCUUAUUGCUGUUUAUUCCUCUUCUCAUGCUGUUCUGUCAGUGUGGAGCAGAACUUUUUCCUGACAGUUUUCUUGACAUGCCAUGGGAGACCAAAGAACAACUCAUAUCUUACCACACUGAAGGCAGAGGCGAGGAUAAGGAAAUGCCACUCCAUAGUAUAACUGUAUCAUUGGGUCCCCAAAAGACAUUUGGGACAGCACAAGGAUCAAAUUCCAAAGGCACUAUUACAAAUACUAUAAAAAUAACCAGACAACUACAAUCCAUGAUGAAUUUUUGGAAGCCUUACCUGACGCUUUUCCUGAAUGAUUACUACUCACAGAAAGCGAUGUGUGCUUUGCCUGCGAAGGACUGUUCUUUGGAGUAUCAUUUUGAGGGCCAGGGAUCCUCUGCUGGAUCUGUGGGCAGCUUCAGCCUCCUGGAAACUAACAACGACCUGCAAUUCCUUGAUGACCUUGGGCCAAAGUUCAAGACUCUGUCUGAUAUCUGCUCCCCCUAA